AUGAUGCAAACAGCGACGCGGUCGUGGGAAGAGCUGCGGAGCAGCGCGCGGGCGGCGGAGCGCACGCUGGAAGACAAAAUUGCGGCUUAUACGGCCGCUAGUAGAGAGCAGGCACGCGGUGUAGCGGUGGUAUAUGAUGAAGAAAACCCUAUUGAAGAGACGAUGGACGAGAGAGAACUGGCAGUCGCUAUUGAAAGUGCACUAGCUUCGCUAUCGGAUACGAUCGAUGAGAUGAAUGCAGUCGUGAACACGACGUCUUUGAAAGUGCAGGAAGCUGUGCUGCAGCGCUACCGUGAGCUCUAUUUUGACUUCAACACGGAAUUCCGUCGCUCUAUGAGUACAUUGCAGGAGAAACGUGAUGCUCAGAAGCUGUUUGGCAAUCGGUCCCACAAUGGCCAUUUGGACGACAUGGAAAUGGACUCGCUGCUUAAUGAGCGCCGUGCCGUCGACUCGUCGCGCUCUAUGACUAGCAGCAUCAUUGAGCAAGCAAUGGCGACUAGGAACGCGCUUGCUAACCAACGCCGGCAAUUCACGUCGUCGCACGGCAAAGUAGCAACGCUGGGCAGUUCAUUUGCUGGCAUCAACACGCUUGUGGAGCAGAUCCGACGCAAGAAGAUGCGCAAUAAUACCGUUCUCGCACUGGUGGUUGCCGCCUGUGUCUGCUUCACGCUCUGGUGGGUCGUGUUAUCGAAACUGUAA